AUGGCGUCUCAACUCGGCCUGCAGAAUGAGACCAUACCUCUAACUACACGUGCUGCUGUGACCACAGCGCUCGGUAUGCGCACCGAGCUGAGUUCCGACUGGCCGGUGAAGAAUCCGUCUGCUCUCGCACCAGGCGAAUGUAUCGUAAAGAUCGAGUAUACUGGGGUAUGCCACAGCGACUUGCACCUGAUGUUAGGCGACUGGCUAGAGCAGCCGCUGCUCCCUAGUGUCGGCGGACAUGAGGGUGUUGGUCGUGUCGUCGCCAUUGGUGCGCAUACGGCCGAUCGUGGCGUAAAAAUUGGCGACCGCGUUGGUAUCAAACACACUAUUGGGACGUGCAUGCGAUGUGAUAUGUGUCUCCGAGGAUUUGAUCAACAUUGUCCCGAUCGCGUGGUGUCGGGGAGAGAUGUAGAUGGAACAUUUGCGGAGUACAUGGUGGCAUUCGUAGAUCAGCUCAUUCCGAUCCCUGCGGCCCUUUCGAGCGUCGCGGCUGCACCCAUCUUGUGUGCUGGUGUCACUGUCUACGAUGCUCUGAAGAAACUGGAUGCGCCCACGGGCAGUUGGCUGGUUAUCUCAGGCGGGGGCGGGGGACUCGGCCAUCUCGGCAUACAAUAUGCCAUCUCCCGUGGCCUGCGCGUUGCUGCCAUUGACACUGGCGCAGACAAGCGCACACUUUGCCUUUCCCUCGGUGCCGAGGCGUUUAUCGACUACGCCGAAUCCACGGAUGUUCCUGCGGAUGUGCGUGCUGCAACUGAUCCACUAGGUGUGCAUGCGGCGCUCGUGACGACCACCUCUAGUUUGUCGUACGUUCAGGCAGCGAAGUAUGUGCGGCGACAGGGCACCAUACUUUGUGUUGGCGUCCCUCCCACUCUGACCGACUUUCCCAUCGGGCUCGUUGUCGAUAGGGGGAUUAAACUCAUCGCGUCACAAACUGGAGGUCGUCUAGCUGUACAGGAAGCACUUGCGCUCGCGGCGCGCGGGAAGUAUGGUUUACAGCCUGUGAGCUUUAGGCCUGACGAAUCUUCUCUGGAUGCCAUGCACGUCAUUGGAUAA